CAGCUGCUCCCAGCCACUUCCCUGUGGGCUCUGGGGAAGGCUGGCUGCUUGCAGAGUUGCCUGGUGCCCUGGAGCAGGCGAUGCCCAAGGGGAGCGUGGGGUUUUUGUCCUGUAGGAAAGCCCUACUCUGGUCUCAGGGGUCGGUGAGGCUGGAGGUGGGCAGCAGGGCUGUGUCCACACCAGCAGCAGCCCAUGGCUGUGGUCUGGGGAAGGCCAACCCUGGGGCACAGCACCAGUGGGGUGGAUCCCACUUCAGCCUUUUCCCUGUCAGAAGGGAAGGGACUGGCAAUACGUGGGGCAAAUGACCGGGGUGUGUUUUAAAGCAUCACCGAGAUUGGAGCCUGCUGGUGGUGGCACACACAUGCCCAUUCGCAAACAGUUUGAUGUGUCUCAGGGCAAAAACCUGCACCUUCCACCUUCCCAACACCACAAACUGAUUUGCGUGGUGGCUGUAAAAUCCCAGCUGCCGCUUCCCCGGGUUUCCCCAGCUUGAUGUGCCGGGUGAGUACAGGGCUGCUCUGCACAGCUCUUGCAUGAGCAGCAUGGGGGUCUGUGGGGCAAGGAGACCCCCUCCAGCCCCAGCGCUGCUGCCUCGUGGGGAGGAUGAGGUCUUUGAGGAGCUCUUGGGACAGCUGGUGACGUGGACGGGAGGUGUCGAUUGGCUACAUGUGACAGUACAGGCCACAAACCAGUCCUUUCCUGGAAAAAGGAGCAGGGGAAGUUUAUUGUCCUCCUAUUUCCCAUGGCUCCAAGGGUGGAUGACCGCAGCUCUACCAUGCCACUCCUGUUCCCCUGGGAUGGGAUAAUGCCAGGACAACACCAGGACAGCUGAGCCUGGCCCGUGUGCUCCUGUGUCCUGAUCCGCUGUGCCAUGUGUGGGCAGCGCCCCAUGGUGCCUUUCGCAGCCAGAUGAUUUCCUUGACGGAAAGGCAGAGGAAAAUGAUGAGAAAUGGGGUUUGAGACGACGUCUCGCCCACUGCUGCCACCGCAGAGCUCUCUUGGGUCCCAGCCUGCAGAGCCGUGGGAGGAGGUGGCCGGGAGGAACAGGAAAGCGGGUGUUUUCCUGCACACACCCCUCCCGAACCCCCAAAGCAGCCCUGGGGCCGGGGGGGGGAGCUGCGGUGCCCGGACACCCCCAACCACACAGAGAAAAGAAUUGUUAAAAGUCCUGAAAACUAAACUAACUAAAUAACUACAAAUUAGAAUACAACCACCUCCCCGGGGAGCGCAGCCGGGGCUGUUUAUGCCGCUGCCUCCGCGGGCGCGGAUGCGAUAAGAUAAAGGCGAUGGGGAGGGAGGGGCUGCGCGGAGCGGCGCGGAGCCCGGGGGAGCGGACGGACGGACGGACGGGCAAACGGACAGACGGCAGCGCGGCCCCCCCGCCCCGCUCCGCCCCCGCGCAGCCUCCGCCCCUCCGGUCGCUCCGCUCCGCUUUACAUAACCCGCCCGGGCCGGGGUCCGCGCCCGCUCGGCGGAAAUGCCGAGCUGCCUCGCCCGGUUUCCUGCCUGAACCGAGCCGUGCUGUGCCUUACCGAGCCGUGCUUUACCGACCCGUGCCGAGCUCUUCUGUGCCUUACCGAGCCGUGCUGUAUCGACCCGUCCCGAGCUCUUCUGUGCUAUCCCGAGCCGUGCUCUACGGAGCGCAGCCGUCCCGAGCCGUGCUGUGCCUUACCGACCCGUGCCGAGCUCUUCUGUGCCUUACCGAGCCGUGCCGUACCGAGCCGUGCCGCACGGAGCCGUCCUCUGCCUGACCGACCCGCACCGAGCCGUGCCGUAGCGACCCGUGCCGCCCGGUCCUGAGCUCUUCCGUGCCUUACCGAGCCGUGCUGUGCCGUACCGAGGCGUGCCAAGCUCUUCCGUGCCGUACCGCGCCGUGCUGUGCCGUACCGAGGCGUGCCAAGCUCUUCCGUGCCGUACCGAGCCGUGCCAAG